UUUUUCUUUUUUAUUUUUUUUUUUUCAUCUCAAAACUAACAGAGACAUCAUCAUCAUGCCCGUGAAUAAGAUUGAAAUCGCUCCUGGUAUUGAACAAUAUACUUUGAUCAAUAAGAGCAAAACCUUGGCUGUCAUGGUUUUGACUUAUGGUGCUAUCGUCUCCCAUAUUCUUACCCCUGAUAAGACCGGUAUUAUUCGUGAUGUUGCACUUGGUUUCGACGAUUAUGAAUCCUACAAGAAUCCUGCCAAUCCUUAUUUUGGUGCUACUGUUGGUAGAUAUGCGAACCGUAUUGGCCAAGGCAAAUUCACAGUGGACGGAAAGGAGUAUGAGUUAGCUAUCAAUAACGGCCCUAAUGCUCUACACGGUGGCCUCGAAGGCUUUGAUAAGAGGAUUUGGAAGGCUACCGUUGUCUCGGAGACACCUGCUUCUGUUCGCUUUGAAAUUGUCUCACCGGAUGGGGAUCAAGGUUAUCCCGGUACAUUGACCGCUUCUAUCACCUACACCGUGACAGACAAGGAUGAGCUUGUUCUCGAAUACCAUGCCACCACUGACCAGGAUACCGUCGUCAAUUUGACCAACCACUCCUACUUUAAUUUAUCCGGUGUGGAGUUGAACCCUACUAUUUUAGACCAUCGUGUGACAAUGACAGACGAAGUCAAGGCUGUUUUGGAAUGUGAUGAGAAUUGUUUACCUACAGGAAAAGUACUUUCCUUCUCUGAAGCACCGUGGAUGGAUUUUUCGGGUGACAAUGCCGGAAAGCCAAUCGGUGAACGUCUUGACAAAGUGCAAUCCACGCGUGGUUACGAUCAUCCGUAUAUGAUUCACAGGGACUACAAGACAGAUACAGCUGAUCUCCCUCUUCGCAAGGCAGUGACAGUUUAUUCUCCUGACACAGGCAUUGAGUUGGAAUUUGCCACGACCGAGCCUACUUUCCAAUUCUAUACGGGUGGUUGGAUUCCAUCAGACAAAAUGACAGCCAAGAAAGAUCAAGGCCAGGGCAAGAUUGGUCCUAGCUCUGGAUUCUGUCUGGAAGCUUCUCGUAACCCUGAUUCACCUAAUAAGCCUGACUGGCGUAGUGCUGUCUUGCUUCAAAAGGAGGGUGUUUACUCUGGCAAGACCGUUUACUCUUUCCAUGCUCGUGUUGAUUAAAUUGUCAUGAGAAUUGCUCACACAUGCUCGUUGACCUAUUCUUUAUUGCUUCCUAUAUCCCCCCCCUUCUUGAAAACUCAUCCUAUCUUUUUGUAUUUUUAUGUAUUUUCGUUCAAAUAAAGCAUAUAUCGAUGAUGGUUGGACAGAAUGCAUAUCGUCCACUCCAAACAAUAAAGUGCCCACUCAAUAACUGAUGCAAUUAUAUGAACAAGUAGCAAUGUAUUGUCAACCCCACCGGGGGAGGGGGAGUCUUUUAUGAGAGCAGGGCAAUCUCCAGC